AUGUUCUUUCUGACCUAUCUGUAUUACAAAGUCCUUGCCGUGUUAAUCAGGACUCUCGCUAGUCUCGGCAAGCAUCCUCCUUGUAGCCCCGAUGACGUCGUCUACAUUCAGUCGCGGGAGGCAGCGCGAACAAUCAAAGCACAUGUCUACCGAUCGGCAUUGGCGGCGAACCCAGGCCCUAUUCUCAUUAAUUUCCAUGGCAGUGGAUUCAUCAUUCCUAUGCAUGGGACCGACGAUGAGUUCUGCCGGCAAGUCAGCCGAGAGACGGGGUACACGGUGCUAGAUAUACAGUACCGUUUAGCACCAGAGCAUCCCUUCCCCGCGGCCCUCCACGACGCCGAGGAUGCGGUGAACUGGGUUCUCCAGCGUCCUGAGGAAUUCAAUACAUCCCGGCUGGCGAUCUCGGGGUUCAGCGCCGGGGGGAAUCUGGCUUUGGCACUCUCCUCAAGUGUUUUCCCUCGAGGAACCUUUCGAUCAUUACUCGCGUUCUAUCCCCCGGUUGAUUUGUACAUGGAACCAAGCCUAAAGACUGCACCGGAUCCUGCAGGAAAGCCGCUGCCUGCAGCGCUAGCCCGGAUUUUUGAUCGUUGCUACAUUCCUGCGUCCUACGAUGCCAGAGACCCUCGAAUUUCUCCUUUCUAUGCCCAACCUGACCGCUUUCCCGACCGCAUCCUAUUGGUGACGGCAGCUUGUGAUAACCUCGCAGGUGAAGCUGAGGCGCUUGCGGCCAAAAUUGCAAAGGAACCGGAACGGGAGAUUCUUGUUCACCAGAUGCAGGGCUGCAAUCAUGCCUUUGACAAAAAUGCCCCUGAGGGGAGUAUUUCAGCACAUGCGAAAGACAAGGCCUACACCAUGGCUAUCGAGAUGUUGUCCCGCUGA